CAAACAAGGAACCCAGACUGAUUGUGGCGAAAAACAGGAAUAGGUAGCUCUCUGAUUAGUGCCCAGGAGCAGGUGAGCGUCCCGAACAUUAAUCAGAGGCAGGUGAAACUAAUCUGCAGUCAUUGCAACUAAAACCCAAACCCAGGGUUGCUGAAAACAGAACUGAGGUAGUCUAACUAACAGAACAAAACAUGAUCCGGGCAACGGAUCAUAACAAAGAAUGUCUCAUAACAGAAAGGGGUCGAGGAGAAGGGAGACCGAGCAUCUUUUCGUGUCGUUCUGGCCAUUUUCGGGUCCCAAAUGGCUUGUGAAAGUGUACCAACUUGUCGGAAUACCUGCUCAGACUUCUUUUGUCCAGGUCUCCGCAUAAUGGAGCGAGAAUGAACAGAGAGCGGCUGAAAAAAAAGCAUGAACUGGAGGUUUAUUGAGGUCAUCUGCUUCCUGUUUAUAUGGGACCAUAUAACAGUUCGGUCUUCCCGCCAGGACCCGUUGGCCACUGAGCAACAUGUCGCCAAGCAGUAUGACUGGCUCAUCUCCGACCGCGGACCGUUCCACCACUCGCGCAGUUAUCUGUCCUUUGUGGAUAGAUUCCGCCAAGGAUUCACGACCAGAUAUAAAAUUUAUAGGGAAUUUGCACGUUGGAAGGUGAGGAACACGGCCAUUGAGAGGCGGGACCUGAUCCGGAACCCCGUGCCGCUGAUGCCCGAGUUCCAGCGCAGCGUACGCCUGCUGGGCCGCAGACCGACCACUCAGCAGUUCAUUCACACCAUCAUUAAAAAAUAUGGGACCCACAUUCUCAUCUCGGCCACCCUGGGAGGAGAAGAGGCGCUGACGAUGUACCUGGCCAAAAACAAGCUGGACAGGAAGCUCGCCAAUGCCACUCAAAAUGUGGAAGCCCUCCACCAGCUGGCCUCCUCCUACUUCAUUGACCGCGAUGGCACCAUGAGGAAGUUGCACGAGAUCCAGAUCUCCACCAAUGCUAUCAAGGUGACCGAGACACGGACAGGCCCACUGGGAUGCAGCAGCUAUGACAAUCUGGACUCUGUGAGCUCCAUCCUUCUGCAGAGCCCAGAGAGCAAGCUUCAUCUGCAAGGUCUUCAGGUGAUUUUCCCAGAGUACCUGCAGGAGAAGUUUGUCCAGUCGGCUCUGAGUUACAUUAUGUGCAACGGAGAAGGAGAGUAUCUGUGCCGGAACAACCAGUGCAUCUGUCAGUGCGCCGACGAGUAUCCUCAAUGCAACUGUCCCAUCACCGACAUCCAGAUCAUGGAGAACACUCUGCUGGGGAUGUCUGAGUCCUGGGCUGCCUCCUAUAAAGACUUUGAGAACUCUGAUGAGUUCAAGUCCUUCCUAAAGAGGCUGCCCUCCACUCACUUCCUGCCCAUCAGCAGCGUUCACCUGCUCUGGGGCAGCGACUGGGACCUGCAGGCGCGCUACAGGCUCCUCCAAAGCUCCCUGGAGGUGCAGCGGCUCAAGAUCCAGCGCACUGCCCGCAAGCUGUUUGGCCUCAGCAUCCGCUGUCACCACAAUCCCAACCACCAGAUGCCAAGGGAGAGGUCCGUGAUGCAGUGGCUCAACAGGGUUCAGUCCUUCCUCUACUGCAACGAGAACGGCUUCUGGGGGACCUUCCUGGAGAGCCAAAGGACAUGCGUGUGCCACACGGGCGUCACCCUGUGCCAGCGGCCCAUCCCGUGCGUCAUCGGCGGCAACAACAGCUGCGCCAUGUGCAGCCUGGCCAACAUCUCCCAGUGCGGCUCCUGCAACAAGGGCUACAAGAUGUACCGCGGACGCUGCGAGCCCCAGAACGUGGACUCGGAGCGCAGCGAGCAGUUCAUCAGCUUCGAAACCGACUUGGACUUCCAGGAUCUGGAGCUGAAGUACUUGCUGCAGAAGAUGGACUCGCGCCUGUACAUUCACACCACGUUCAUCAGCAACGAGAUCCGCCUGGAGACUUUCUUCGACCCCAGGUGGCGCAAGCGCAUGUCCCUGACGCUGAAGAGCAACAAGAACCGCAUGGACUACCUCCACAUGAUCAUCGGUCUGUCCAUGAAGAUCUGCCAGAUGCGCAACAGCAGCAUCGACCCCAUGUUCUUCGUGUACGUCAACCCUUUCAGCGGGAGCCACUCGGAGGGCUGGAGCAUGCCCUUCGGGGAACACGGCUACCCGCGAUGGGAGAAGGUACGCCUGCAGAACUCGCAGUGCUUCAACUGGACCCUCCUGUUAGGCAACCGCUGGAAGACCUUCUUCGAGACCGUGCACAUCUACCUGAGAAGCCGAGCCAAGAUCCCGACAGGGCUCCGCAACGACACGGGUCCGGUGGAUCUGGCCGAUCCCAACAAGCGGCAGAUCUACAUCAAAAUCUCCGACAUCCAAGUGUUCGGCUACAGCCUGCGCUUCAACGCCGACCUGCUCCGAAGCGCCGUGCAGCAGGUGAACCAGUCGUACACGCAGGGGAGUCAGUUCUACUCGUCCUCGUCCGUCAUGCUCCUGCUGCUGGACAUACGGGAUCGGAUUAACCGCCUCGCCCCUCCGUCAGCGCCCGGCAAACCCCAACUGGACCUCUUUUCUUGUAUGCUGAAGCAUCGGCUCAAGCUGACAAACAGCGAGAUGAUCCGGGUCAACCACGCCUUGGACAUGUACAGCACGGAGAUACUAAAACAAUCAGACCACCUGACUGCUAAACUGUGUUGAUCACCUCAAACGUGCCCCGGACCAUUCCACGUUGGUGGGCAAACGUUUUCUUUGACUUUUUUUGCUUUUGGCCUUUUUCUGCCUUUUCGUGACGCAACUUUGUAAACAUACUUUCAAAAGAGGAGGAAAAGCGCUCCAGGAUGCUUCAAAAGACUAAUACAAAGACUGUAACAUACGUGUCCCAGCAUGUCCGUCGAUCCCUCCGAGAACUUUUGUGUCAGAUUAAAAAAAAAAAAAAUCAAAAAAAAAAAAAAUGUAUGUACUCGUGAAAAAGAGGCCUUGAUUUUUUCCCCCGAGGGAUCAAAGGUGAUAUCUGAAACUGCCAUUCUUCUUUGAAACAUUUUUAACGGGGAAAAAAAAAAAAAAAAAAAAAGGAUAAAAAAUCAUCGGAACACAAGGGCAGAUUUUAGUUGAGCUAACAUGCAGAAUGGGCGGCGAUGGUUUGAUAUUAAAAUGCGUUUAUAAAAGGAUUAAAAACAGCCCUAUAGUGUAGCCAACACAUUUAUUACGGCGUCUUUAUUACAUUUCAAACCGACGGUGAGUCGGCGAUGACCUUUUUGCGAGUUAUGAGGCACUCUGUGGGGCGCACGCAGCAGGCGGCGGCGGCGAAUGGAUCGUCACGUCCAGCAAAAGCCAGCUGUUUAUAUAUAUACAUAUACACUUAAUGUGGGUGGAUGUCUGCGCAUUACUUUAUUUUGACUCAUCUUUUGCUGGUAUCGUUAAAUGUGUGUCAUUUGAAGAUCAAUCGAACUGGAAAAAAAAAGAUACAAAAAUACGAACGCUUCUUUGCGUGUUUUUUUUGUUUAUUUAUUUUUUAUUUUAUUUUGAAGGUUAUGCUGUU